CAGCGCCAGUUGGUGGGUCGAAAACAAUACGAUAGGACAGUUUUCUCAAAGAAGAGCAGACAGAUGAAAGUGUAAACCUGACCGCAGUCCGCAAACAGCCACACAAUGCAGCGCUGGACAACAGUUGAUGGUGAGUUGAUUGAAGACGACAAUCAACCGAAAGAGUGCGUUGGCUUAAACUAUUCAGUAUUGACAACCAUUGCUAAAUCGUAUCCAGAGAGCGCAUUGAAUCGCAUUGGGAGGAUGUUUAAAUCCAAGAGGAGAAAGUUUGACAUCUCCGCCGAAGACCCCACCUAUACGGUCCUUUAUUUGGGGAAUUCUACGACCAUUCAGUCCAAAGGAGAAGGCUGCGCUGACGUUGCCAUCAGCAAGAUCUGGAAUAAAAGUGAAAUGGGAAGAAAUGGCACAAAAAUGCGCCUCACAAUCUCUUCGCAAGGCAUACGUAUGGUGCACACGGACGAGAAGGCAAAGAAACCCGGUCACAUGUACUUACUACACAGAGUAACGUACUGUGUUGCUGACUCCAGGCUCCCUAAGAUAUUUGCGUGGAUCUACCGACACGAAAUAAAACACAAAGCGGUGAUGCUCCGGUGCCACGCAGUGCUGGUUUCCAAACCUGAGAAGGCUAAAGCUAUGGCACUUCUUCUCUACCAAACUUCAGCGACUGCCCUGGCUGAGUUUCAGAGGCUAAAACGAAGAGAGGACGCUAGGCAUCAACAACAGCUUAUCAUAGGCGAACAAACAAUUCCACUGGUCCCCAUAAGGAAACUCAUGAACGGGCAGUGUCUCUACAAACCCCCGGUGGAGCGCAGUCGGAGCGCGCCCAAGCUUGGCUCUAUCACCGAGGAUUCGAUCGGUGAGGAGGAAGAGGAAAAAGCCAUGCUCUUUGAUGAGUUUCUAGAUGGUGACUGUUUCGAAGACGCUAAAGAAGGACUACUGCUUAUCGAUGAUUUAGAGCAAUUAAGCAUAGGUAACGACGUGAAGACUUUGAAAGCUGAUCUGCAAGUUACCCGGCUUCUCUCGGGAGACAGCACAGGCAGCGAGUCGUCCAUCGACAGUAAUCUGGAACUGAGCUCUGGAACCGAUUCGGAUGAAUUCACAGACGACAAAGUCACAGAGACUAGUUGAACAGACUAAGAAACGCAUCAGACAUUUAACGCACGUGUGUUGUUGUUCUGCCAUGCAGAGGGAUGGUAAACAUUGUUUUAAUCAUUAUCCACGUCCGUUAACUCACGUGCGUUCUUUGCUCAGCGAAUUCCUAAGUGGUCUCUUGAACUGUCCUCGAGUUUGGACUCUUUCCUCUGUGUGUGUUUGUGUGUGCGUGUGUGCGCGCGCGCACUUUGUUUCACUUCAGUCUAACGUCGAUAUUAGAAAAAGAGAGAACUAGUAAGAGCUCGCUUUCAUCUCACUUUUCACAAUCCUUCAGUUUCAUUCUCGAUGUUUUCAGUUCUGUUCAGAGUGAAAAUUAAACCAUAGCGUGUUUCUUGUCUAGGAUUAUAUACUGCCUACACUGGCAUUUACCCUCUGUUUUCACAGACAUAUCUUUGCUAUGCAAAAGUUUAAACCAAGACCUCUGUAUUCUUACCUGUAUGUUGUUGAGUGAUGUAAGUGCUUAAUCAAUGAUUAUUGCGCAAAUGAAAGAGUUUA